GAGUGGCCCGUGGGCGGGCAGGGGCAGAAUCAGCGGUACCACUUUGCAAACACCGCGUUUACGCUUGUGGCGAAGGUGACCAUCCACGCUGAGCCAGGGGAAGACAGCAGCCCCGCUCCUUUGCUGGGCGCGAAGUUGGAUGACGGGGACAACACUGUGCUCCUGGGUCUGUCGUGCACGAAGGAGAAGAAGUGGGAAGUGAUAUUCAACAACAAUCCCCUGGGGCUGUCGAAGGAUGAAGAGUGGGAGGAGGAGAAAACGUACCGCGUGGCACUGGGGAUGGAUGCCGGUGAGGGGUUGGUUGCGUACGUCGGUGGCUCGCGUGUGUACGACAGCGAAGAUGAUGCGGAAAACAGCGUUUCUAAACAGUUGCAGGAGCUGUUGAAGUCGCGCAGCAUCUCGCACUUCUACUUCGGCGGGGGCGGUGCGGGCGGCGUUGAGGUGACGGUGGCCGACGUCCUGCUGUACAGCCGCACGCUGAGUGAGGCUGCGCUCGCGGCACUGACGGCGGACCCCGCCGCUGCCGCCGCCGCUGCCGCUGGGCCGGAGGAAGACGUGAAAGCGCCUGGCCCGGGAACUGCGCCGCAGGGCAGGGAGGUGGAGGUCGCUCCUGCGCCACCCGCCGGGGACUCCCACCUCGGCCCCCCAAAGGAACACCACCAACAGGAAGGAGAAGUACAGGAGGAAGGGGAGGCGAAAGAAGAAGCCGAGGAAGAAGAAGCGGCUUCUCAGUUGUCGCAGGAGGCGGGCAAAGAGGCAGGCGACGCGUCAACACCUUCUAACAACACGCGCAACUCCGACGCAGAGGAAGCAGCGGUGGUGGAGGAAGAAGAGGCGGAGGAUGAAAAAGAAAAUGGGGGGAAGGGGGAUGAGGAAGCGACAGAAGUCAGUGGCGGUGCAUUGGCGCCCCCACCGUUGACAGCACCGGAUGCGGCCAGUGUUCCUCGCACAGGCGCAGCUGAGCAGGCCGUCGGUGCGGAAACUUCUGAGCGGCAACGGGGGACCUCGACCCCCGCAGACGGUGCGGGCACGGCGGACCCGGUGGGUGACGCGCCUCCGCGGAGUGGACCCAUGGAUGACGGCCAGGCGCUGCAGACCCCUCCGUCGCACGCGCCAGAGGCCGUUGGCGGCGUGCCGUCUGCUUCCGCCGCGCCCACCGGCGAGACGCCAAACGGUGCCGCCAAGGAAAAUGGCGCAGGCCCCCAAACUGCGGCGGGCGCGGACGGCGGCCACGAGGCACCCAGCAACGCCGCCACGGCACCCACGGCUCAGGCGCCUGGGCGGCCAGUCACCCCGCCAGCACGCGACGCUGCACCGCACUUAAGCAACAACUCAGCCGCCUUCAGGAACACCACAGGGCUGUUCCAGCUGAGCACAGAGAGCGACGGCACUCUGCGUGGGUGUGUGUCUUGGCCAACGCUGCUGACUCUUCUGGCGCUUUGUGGCGUCGCGGCAGGCUUCUGA